AUGAAGACGGACGGGAUCGAGGGGACGGAGCGCUUCCUGAGCCCCGGAAAGGGGAGAGGGCUGCGCGCUCUCAAGCACUUCAAAGUUGGAGAGCUCGUGUUCACGUGCCCGGCCUACGCGUACGUGCUGACGGUGAACGAGCGGGGCAGCCACUGCGAGUUCUGCUUCACCAGGAAGGAGGGCCUUUCCAAGUGUGGCAAGUGUAAGCAAGCGUUCUACUGUAAUGUCGACUGCCAGAAGGGAGACUGGCCCAUGCACAAGCUGGAAUGCUCGGCUAUGUGUGCCUUCAGGGAAGACUGGAGCCCGUCGGAGACCGUCAGGCUGGCCGCCAGAAUCAUUACGAAGCAGAAAACGCAGACGGAGCGGACCGCGUCGGAAAGGUUGCUGGCCUUGAGGGAGUUUGAAGCGCAUCUCGACAAGCUGGACAAUGAGAAAAAGGAGAUGAACCAGACGGACAUAGCGGCUCUCCACCACUUCUACUCCAAGCACCUGGACUUCCCCGACAACGAGGCCCUCACCGUGCUCUUCGCCCAGGUCAACUGCAAUGGGUUCACCAUCGAAGACGAGGAGCUCUCUCACCUGGGUUCUGCCGUCUUCCCAGACGUCGCCCUGAUGAACCACAGCUGUAACCCCAACGUCAUCGUUACGUACAAGGGCACCGUGGCCGAGGUGAGGGCCGUCCAGGAGAUCAAGCCAGGAGAAGAGAUCUUCACAAGUUACAUAGACCUCCUGUACCCAACGGAGGACCGGAAUGAAAGGUUGACAGACUCGUACUUCUUCACGUGCGAAUGUAAGGAGUGCGUCACCAAGUCCAAAGAUAAGGCCAAAAUGGAAAUUCGGAAACUGAGCACCCCCCCAAAGCCGGAGGAAAUCCGAGACAUGGUGAAAUACGCCAGGAAUAUCAUCGAGGAGUUCCGCAGAGCCAAGCACUACAAGACACCUACCGAACUGUUAGAGAUCUGUGAGCUGAGCCUGGAGAAGAUGGGCACGAUUUUCGAGGUGACCAACGUGUACAUGCUGCACAUGAUGUACCAGGCCAUGGGCGUGUGCCUCUACAUGCAGGACUGGGAAGGAGCCAUGAGCUAUGGAGAGAAGAUCAUCAAGCCUUACAGCAUGCACUACCCCGCCUACUCGCUCAACGUGGCUUCAAUGUAUCUCAAGCUGGGCAGGCUAUAUUUAGGACUGGGGAAGACAUCGCUCGGAGUCAAAGCACUAAAGCAGGCAUUAGCCAUUAUGGAGGUGGCACAUGGGAAGGACCACCAUUACCUGGCUGAGAUCAAGAGGGAGAUCGAGGAACAGAAGUGAGACGUCUAGGAGAUUCCCCACCUUAAAUGCUUGGUCAAAACACAAAAGCAUUAACUUGUCUGUUGAACUCAACUUUUAUCUUAGGUGCAUUAUUUUUACUGUUAUGAAAGUGGGUGCAAUGAGAAAUGAGUAAAGCAUGUUUUCAUACUUUCUGCAAACUGUAUGCUAAUGUUAAGGAAACUAUUGCUUAAAGUUGUCCUACAGUGGCAACAAAUAGGCAUGAGCUUUGACCAAGUCUGCUUUUUAAUUGAUGCAUCAACAUCCAGCACAAGACCAGUUUACCAGCCUCUAUUUUACUGAAGUUUAAGCCUUCCAGCAGCUGUUUACUGUACAUGUUUAUAAUACAGGAAUUUGCAUGUUGAUUUUGUAAAAGGGUAAACUGGUUUGAAAUCAUGCAAGUUAAGCUUGCUCCAGCUGAGCAGUGGCAAGUGACUUGUCCAUACUGCUUAUAGCACUAUAGAGGGUCUGCUUACACUGCUUACUUACAGAAGGGGAGGUGGUAAACUGCCUCACUGUCCUGUGUUUUGCUUUGUUGCAGUUUUUGUGGUAUACAGGGUACUAAGAUGGAGUAGCUGUUAAUUGUGCAUUUAAAGCUCAAGUAUUCAUGGUGCAGUAAUAAAGUAAAUAAAAAUUUAGAUAUUUUCUCAA